AUGGUGAAACAGACGAUACAGAUAUAUGGUCGCAUUAAACCCUCCAAGAAAACUACAGCGGUGUACUCUGUGGACAAUGGUGAGCCGACAGGUGCCUCUUUGGAGUUUCUGGUGCCCAGGGACGUGGCUGAAGGCUUUGUUAACAACAAGAGGGAGUGCUACAAGUUCAGGUUCCUAAAGGUUUUUGAUCAAGCUGUCAAACAAGAAGAGAUAUUUGAAAACAUUGCCAAACCAGUUGCAGACAGUGUGUUGGGUGGGUAUAAUGGCACCAUAUUCGCCUAUGGCCAGACGGGCAGUGGGAAGACCUUCACCAUCACAGGAGGGGCCGAGCGCUACAGCGAUCGCGGCAUUAUUCCUCGAACCCUCUCCUACCUGUUCGAACGCUUCUCCCAGGACAGCAGUAUGGUGUACACCACACACAUUUCCUACUUGGAGAUCUAUAACGAGAUGGGAUAUGACCUUCUGGAUUCCCGACAUGAAGCAUCUCGACUGGAGGACCUGCCAAAGGUACUGAUUAUGGAAGAUCCAGACCAGAACAUCCAUUUGAGGAACCUGUCCCUGCAGCAGUCAGCCAAUGAGGAGGAGGCUCUGAACCUGCUCUUCCUGGGUGACACCAAUCGUAUGAUUGCAGAGACUCCGAUGAACCAGGCAUCCACGCGGUCCCACUGCAUUUUCACUGUGCACGUCUGCAGACGUGAGCCGGGCUCGGCCACCCUGCGGCGCUCCAAGCUCCACCUGGUGGACCUGGCCGGAUCGGAUAGAGUUAGCAAGACUGGCCUGAAUGGGCAGCUGCUCACUGAGGCCAAGUACAUCAACCUCUCCCUCCACUACUUGGAGCAGGUGAUCAUAGCUUUGUCAGAGAGGAACCGCUCCCAUAUCCCCUACAGGAACUCCAUGUUGACUUCUGUGUUGAGGGACAGCCUUGGGGGCAACUGCAUGACUACCAUGAUUGCCACAAUGGCAGUAGACAAGAGGAACCUUGAUGAGUCCAUCUCUACGUGUCGCUUUGCUCAGCGCGUGGCCCUCAUCAAGAACGAGGCGAUACUGAAUGAAGAACUGGAUCCUGUCCUGCUAAUAGCCCGUUUGAAGAGGGAGAUCCAGUCUCUGAAGGAAGAGCUGGCCAUGUUGACAGGAGAACAGAGAGACGAGCAGCUAACUGUGGAGGAGAUCCAGAGGUUGGAAGAGUUAGUCAAGGCCUACCUGGAGGACCCUGAUCCAGAUGUGACACUAUCUUUGGGACCAGACAUGAGAAAAAUCCAGCACUGUUUCACCCUGCUGAAGAUAAUGAUCAUGGACAAGCAAAGUGGAGGAAAUAGACACAGUGACGGGCAAGCAUCACCAGCAGCAACAGUGGCAGUGAUUCAAGAGAGCCACCACUGUGCAGCAGAAGUGACCAAACUAAAGGAGAUGAUGACGCAACGGGAUAACGAGAUCAGUGUCCUCGUUAAGAUGCUGAAGAAGGAGAAAAAAAGGGCCCAGGAUGCUGCUGCUCAGCUCGCUAACAUCCCCAGUGGCCAGAGCCCGGCCUCCCAGAGUGCCUCAACAACAGGGCCACUGUUGGGGGAAGGAAGCACGGACACCAUCUCAGCCGACCAAGGAGGACCAGCUGUACAGUACACCAAAAGAGGUCCACAGCUGUCUAUGGGAAAGCAAGAGGCCUUUGAGACCUUCAUAAGGGACCAUGAGGACCAUCAGACCAUUGAGGACAACAAGGAGCUACUGAAACAAAGGUCAGCCGAGGCCAGGAGAAUUGGGCAGAAACUGAAUGAGGCCAGAAACCGAAUAAAUGAGCUGAAGAAGCAGUUAGCUUUGCAGAGGAGGCAGAGGGCGGCCCUUGGUGUAACAGAGAAUCGCCCAGAGGUCGAGGAGGAGGUUGACCCGGUGGAAGAAAACCUGUGCAAACACAUAGAGCAAGAGAAAAAGGCUUACAAGAGCACCAUUGGUUGUCUCAAAGCACUGAGGACAGAGAUUGAGCACCUGCAGCUGUUGUUGGAGAGGUCGAAGGUCAAGCUCCAGAGAGACUUCCACAAAUGGUGGAGCCAGGAGGCUUCCAGCGUGCAGGAGUCAGAGAACCCAUCCAGAUGUCAUGCAGGGUCGCUACGCGGAACCUUGCGGCCGUCUUCGCCUAGCACUCCAGGAUUUCGUUCACCUGGUCUGAGCAGCAGUGAGAGGGAGUCUCCAGCCGACCCGGAACCAAAACCGGACUGUUCCAUCGCUGUUCAAGACCUCAGAAGGUUCGUCCCUAAAAGCGUCCCCCCCUCUGCAGCUGUCCCUGCAGGACACGAUGAGUCCACGGACCGGAGGGCGACUGACUUCACUCCUUCAUCUGAGUGGAGGGACCUCUCCACCACCAAGCUCUCAUCCGCCUCUAUUCCCCUGACUGGAGACCAGCAGACUGAUGCUGACAUCCUGGCCUUUGUCAGAGCGAGGCAAAACCUCCUGAGCAGAACAGGCCAACCUCAGUAAUACCAUGAAGUUCUGAUGAGGGCCUGAAGUUAUCGUCAUCUGACUACUUGUACCACCUCAACAUCUGUCCUAAAAUGAGACACUAUCGCGAAAAGAUAGACUGUCAAACAAGAUGUGUGAAGAAAUGAACUUACCAGAUCAAAACAUACUAGCUUAUGAAAAAAAAGAUCCCGACACCAGCCUCACACUCCUGACACUUUAUUUGCACACACACACACUUGUUGGCCUCCAGGAGAGUAUGCCAUUGACAUAAUGUGUAGCAGUAUAAAUCACAGCCCGUGCGGGCCAUUUGAUCUGAACAAAUGUUGUCUCAAGAUAUCAGAGGAAGGAGCGGGCAACUGGAAACCAGUUGGCUCCAGUAUGUGUUUAAAGAAGAAAAUCGUCACACAGGAAGUUUCC